AUGACGACGAAGUCAAAGGUCGAUCAAUCACAAAGCCGGUGGAUGCACCUUGCAGCUCGAGGCAUCCGAAUCUCGAUUCUGUCGGAUUGCUACCAGCGUCGUAUUGUCCUUUCGCUGCCUGCACGCCGCUCUUUCGGCUCGUUCCGCGCUCCACAAUUCUUAGUCAGCCGAUCGCGAGAGAAGAGUUUCAAAGUGUCUGCUAGCCCUGUGACUCGUCUUGCUGCUGUUGCGCGAUCUUUGAGCACAACAUCUGUCACGAUGGCGCCCGUUCCGACAAAAGGAGAGCAUUCCUACGAUUAUGACAUGCUCGUCAUUGGCGGUGGCUCCGGUGGACUAGGGGCCGCUCGGCGUGCAUCAAGCUAUGGCGCAAAGGUAGCGAUCAUCGAGAAGUCUGAUAGACUCGGCGGCACUUGCGUCAACGUUGGCUGCGUGCCCAAGAAGAUCAUGUAUCAUGCUGCCGAUACUCUGGAGACGCUCAAGCAUGCUAAGCAUUACGCCUAUGCCCUCUCGGACGAGGCCAUCCCUGCAUUCGAUUGGACAUCCUUCAAAAAGACGCGCGAUGCCUACAUUCGCAAGCUCAAUGGCAUCUACGAGAAGAACCUCGUCAACGACAAAGUCGAAUACAUCACGGGAUAUGCGAAAUUCCUGGAUAAACACACGCUCGAGAUAGAUCAGCGCUCUGCAAAGGGUGGUCGUGAUGAUGCGCACGACUCGACACCGACGCAGCGUAAAGUAACUGCAAAGCAUAUCUGCAUUGCUGUCGGCGGAGAGCCCACCAAACCAGACAGCAUUCCAGGAUACGAGGUUGGCAUUGACAGCGAUGGCUUCUUCGAUCUCGAAUCGCAGCCCAAAAGAGUCGCCGUUGUAGGUGCAGGCUACAUCGCAGUCGAGCUUGCUGGCAUUUUCCAUACGCUAGGCUGUGAGACACAUCUGCUCAUCAGGCAUGGCAAGCCCCUGCGCAAUUUUGACGAUAUCAUCAGCGAUACGCUCGUCGAGCAUAUGGAAAAGACUGGCAUCAAGAUUCACCGAAACACCAACGUCAAAGAAGUCAAGGGCGGCGAUGCAUCAAAUCUGAGCCAGCCAAAUCCAAAGACUAUCAUUACUGAUCAAGGUGAAGAGCUCGAAGUCGACGUGCUGCUCUGGGCCAUCGGUCGACGAUCUCUGACUUAUAAUCUCGGUAUCGACAAGGCUGGCGUCAAGCUCGACGACAAGGGCUUUGUCGUGGUAGAUGAGUAUCAAAAUUCAAACGUUGAAGACAUUACCGCUAUCGGUGAUGUGCAAGGCAAGGCAUUGCUUACGCCUGUCGCACUUGCAGCCGGACGCAGGUUAGGCAAUCGUCUCUAUGGCCCGGCCGAAAAGAAGGAUGAUCAUCUGAGCUACGACAACAUCCCAACAGUCGUGUUUUCGCAUCCACCAGCGGGCACAGUGGGUCUGACAGAAGCUGAGGCUCGCGAGAAACACGGCGAUGAGAACAUAAAGAUCUACAAGUCGACCUUCACCUCGCUGUACUUUUCGCCAUUCCCUCAGGAGGAGAAGCAACCGACUGCUUACAAGCUCGUCUGUCUGGGCAAAGAGGAAAAAGUGAUCGGUAUGCAUAUCAUCGGACUAGGUUCCGACGAGAUCAUGCAAGGCUUCGCAGUCGCAGUCAAGAUGGGCGCCACAAAGAAGGACUUUGACGAUACGGUCGCAAUUCAUCCUACCUCCGGCGAAGAACUCGUCACGAUGAAAUAG